AUGAAGAACCUGCGCCUUGUGACGAGGCUCCCGCAGCAGCUCCAGCUCCGGAUAGAUGGCGAGACCCUCGUCGCCUCCGCCAUCGAUGCGGAGCGCCGACGCGCCUUCUUCGCCUCCUCCGCCAACUUCAUCUACACCGUCUCGCUCCCCGCGUCCUUCACCCAGGAACAGCAACCGCUGCAAUGGAGCAAAAUUGCUGCUCAACACUCCGACAUGGAGGAGGUUGUUCUUGAUCCUGGAGAUUGUAUUGUUGCCAUGGAUUAUCUCAUGGAGAGGGAGUCUCUACUCCUUGGUUCGUCAGCCGGUUGCCUGCUCUUGUAUAAUGUGGACGAGAAAACAACUGAAGUUGUCGGAAGACUGGAAGGUGGUGUCAACACCAUUGCCUCUAGCCCCGAUGGGGCCCUUAUCUCUGUCACCACUGGACUCGGCCAACUGCUUGUCAUCACACAGGAUUGGGAAGUGCUGUUUGAGACUUCUCUUGACCCUCAAGAUGCUAACAUUGACAACAUAGACAGUACCGGUGGUCAGAUCCGAAGCGCAAUUUCUUGGCGAGGGGAUGGGAAGUAUUUCGCUACACUUGUAGCCCCCGAUAGCUCUUCUAGCCCCACAAAACUUAAUGUCUGGGAACGUGAAUCAGGAAAGGUGCAUUCUUCUUCAGAUGCCAAAACUUUUAUGGGAGCAUCGCUAGAUUGGAUGCCUAGUGGAGCCAAGGUUGCUACAGCUUUUGAUAGGAGCACAGAGGGAAAGUGCCCUCUCAUUGUUUUUUAUGAGAAGAAUGGCUUAGAGAGGAGCCACUUUUCUAUUGAUGAGCCAUCCGAGGUUGUCAUUCAAGCUUUAAAGUGGAACUGCAAUUCUGAGAUCCUUGCUGCUCUGGUUUCUUCUGGUCAGCAUGAUGUUAUCAAAAUAUGGACCUGCAGGAACAAUCACUGGUACUUGAAACAUGAACUGCAGUAUACAAAGGAAGAGGGGGUGAGGUUCUUUUGGGAUCCAACGAAACCAAUGCAUCUGAUUUGCUGGACACUGAGUGGCCAGGUCAUUAUUCACAAGUUUGUUUGGACUACGGCAGUCAGUGAGAGCUCAGUUGCACUUGUGAUUGAUGGUUCCCAUGUUCUUGUUACUCCUCUUAUUUUGGGCCUCAUGCCACCUCCCAUGUCUCUGUUCCACCUUGCAUUUCCUUGUGCAGUGAAUGAGGUUUCUUUUGUGACCAAUAACUCGAAGAGCCACUUGGCUGCUUAUCUGUCAAAUGGCAGCUUGUCUAUUGUGGAACUUCCAGCACCAGAUACCUGGGAAGAAUUUGAAGGCAAUGGGAUAAGUGUUGACCCGUGCUGUUCUGACUUAACUUUGAAUAACUGUAUGCACCUCACUUGGAUAGAUACACGCACCUUGAUUGGUAUCUGUUGCUAUAGUGAAGAUUACUCUUUAACAACAAUCAGGUCCAGUGAAACCAGAAACCUUGUAGAUAAACACGAUUCGCUGUUUUUCAUCAAUGAGAUUGAACUUAGAUGUUCCGAGGAUUCUGUGCCAGGUUCAGUGAGUUCAUCUGGCUGCCAGGCUAGAGUAUCAAAGAAAGUGCAAUUGGAGAGUUCAGUCGUUGGAGUCUCUCCAAACCCAGCAAAAGGAGGUUCAGCCUUCAUUCAAAUUAGCGGAGGAAGGAUUAUUGAGUACUGCUCAAGUUUAAAUCUGUCGAAAAUGUGUCCACCAGCACAAUUCAGUGGCAUUGGUUCUGACCUCUGUUUUCCAGCAUCAUGUCCUUGGAUGACUGCAGUUCUGUGCUAUGAAAAUGGUAUGGCAGAACCCUUUCUCUUUGGACUCGAUGAAAGCGGCAAGCUUUAUAUGGGCAAAAGGUUAUUGAGCAACAACUGCAGCAGCUUCACAUUCUACUCCAGUGCUUAUGGAGCCACUGAGCCAGUUAUGAGCCACUUGCUUGUGACUACUAAGCAAGAUCUUCUAUUCAUUGUGGAUGUCAAUGAGAUCUUACGUAAAGACAUCGAGGUGACAAUUGACGGCCUUGUCAGUAGUCCUGCUCGUGGAAAGCAAAGCAAAGAGCACAUCACUGUGUGGGAAAAGGGAGCGAAGUUGGUUGGUGUUCUCCAUGGUGAUGAAGCAGCUGUCAUAAUGCAAACAACACGUGGUAACUUAGAGUGUACCUACCCCAGGAAGCUAGUCCUUGUUUCAAUUGUUCAAGCACUGGUUCAGAGGCGUUUCAAAGAUGCAAUAGACAUGGUGAGGAGGCAUCGGAUAGAUUUCAAUAUCAUCGUUGACUAUUGUGGUUGGAAUGCUUUUAUGAAUUCAGCAGCAGACUUUGUUAAACAAGUUAAUAACCUUACCCACAUCACUGAAUUUGUUUGCUCAAUGAAGAACAGCAAUGUCAGCAGCAAAUUGUAUGAAGCCUAUAUAUCAUUUCCUGAUCAGUGUGCAGUCCCAAUGGCAGAUAAUGAAAGUUCACCUGGUUUAUUUUUGGGUAACAAAGUCACUUCUAUACUUAUGGCAGUUCAAAAAGCCCUUGAGGAACAAAUAGAAGAGAGCUCAUCAAGAGAACUUUGUAUAUUGACCACUUUGGCCCGUAGUGAACCUCCAUUGUUGGAGCAGGCACUGAAUAGAAUAAAACUCAUUCGAGAAUCGGAACUUCUUGGGCUUGAUGACGCCAAGCGAAAGCUCUACCCUUCUGCUGAAGAGUCGCUGAAGCACUUGCUUUGGUUAACGGACACUGAAGCUGUUUUCGGUGCUGCUUUGGGGUUGUAUGAUCUGAAUCUUGCUGCUAUCGUUGCUUUGAAUUCCCAAAAGGAUCCAAAAGAGUUCCUUCCUUUCCUUAAGAGUCUUGAAAGCCUUCCUCCUGCUAUCAUGAGGUACACGAUUGAUUUAAGGCUUGGAAGAUAUGAGAGUGCUCUCAGAAACAUUGUUUCUGCUGGCAAUGCGUACCAUGAGGAUUGCAUGAAACUCCUUAAUGGCAAUCCUCAGCUGUUCCCACUGGGCCUCCAGUUAUUUAAUGAACCAGAUAAAAGGAAUCAAAUUCUUGAGGCAUGGGGUGACCAUCUUUCUGGAGAGAAAUGCUUUGAAGAUGCCGCAUUGACUUACCAAUGCUGUUCAUCAUAUCAGAAAUCACUGAGAGCUUACCGUGCUUGUGGGGACUGGAGAGGUGUUUUUACCAUUGCAGGUCUUUUGCAGUUAAAGAAGGAAGAAAUUGUUCAGCUUGCACAUGAGUUAUGUGAUGAGUUCCAGGCGCUUGGCAAGCCAGGAGAUGCUGCUAGAGUAGCACUGGAGUAUAGUUCAGAUGCUGAAAGAGGUGUAAGUUAUUAUAUCAUGGCAAGGGAAUGGGAAGAGGCUCUUAGAGUUGCCUAUAUGCUUAGCAGGCAUGAUCUGGUUGAAACUGUCAGAGAUGCAGCUUCAGAAUGUGCCACAUCACUGAUAUCUGAGUACCAGGAAGGACUGUUGAAGAUUGGUAAAUAUGUAGCACGCUAUUUGGCCGUCCGUCAGAGGAGAUUGUCACUUGCUGCCAAACUCCAGUCAGAAGAUCGGUUUAUGGACGUUGAAGAUGACAACGUUUCAGAAGUGAGCACUAGCUUCAGUGAAAUGAGUGCAUAUACCACAAGGUCAACCAGGGAGUCAAGUGCUUCGGUCAUAUCCAGCAAUGUCAGCAAAUCACGAGGAGCAAGGCGGCAAAAAAAGGGUGGCAAGAUACGAGCUGGAAGUCCCGGGGAAGAAAUGGCCCUUGUGGAGCACCUCAAGGGGAUGGCGCUGACAGGUGGUGCCCAAAAUGAGCUGAAGAGCCUGCUUGUGGUUCUAAUACAGCUGGGAAAAGAACAAAGAGCCCGUCAGGUGCAGGAGGCCGCCGAUAACUUUGAAGUGUCUCAAAGGGCAGCGGUGAAGUUAACCGAGGACACAGUAUCUAACGACAAGGUAGACGAGAGCACACACACCCUUGAGCAUUACAUAAGAAUGCUGAGGGCUCAUAGGUCGGGUCACAGCGAGGCCGGUUCAUGGCGAAUCAAAGCAUUGUCUCCCCUGUGA